AUCCAUCCGCGGCGACCCGUCGCCGUCUUCUUUCGUCUCUCUUCGACGGAUGCCUUGCCCAGAUGCUUCCCCUCCUCCGCUUCCGCCCCUCCGCUUCCCGCCUCCGCUGCCGCUUCCUCUCCGCCCUUGCAGCGGGCGGGACGCCUCCGCCGCCGCGGUCCGGCCUAGUGUACGGGUUCGGUGACAACAGCCACGGGGCCGUGGGCCAGCCUGCGCCGGCCGCGGACGUCUACGUCCCCACGCCCGUGCCCUCCCUCCCGUCGUCCGUCGAUGCGGUCGCAGCCGGACACUACCACUCCCUCGCUGUAUCCUCUGCCGGGGAGGUCUGGGCGUGGGGGCGCAACGAAGAGGGCCAGCUCGGCCGCGGGCUCCAGGCCCCGAGGAAUACUUGGAGCAAUCCAGAACAGGUGAGAGGAUUGGAGAAUGUUCAAGUUCGAGCUGUAUCCGCUUCAGGUGUUGUUUCUGCAGCAAUUGGGUGCGAUGGCUCGUUAUGGGUAUGGGGGAGAUCAAAGCGUGGCCAACUUGGGCUUGGCAAAGACAUUGUGGAGGCCACAAUGCCUUCUAGAGUGGAGGCCCUUGCUGGUUACGAUGUUGUUAAGGUAUCAUUUGGAUGGGGGCAUGCCAUGGCACUGACAAAGGAUGGAGGGCUGUUCGGUUGGGGUUUUUCAGAAAAUGGAAGGUUAGGAGAUAUGGGUCAAAGUACCGAAGCACCUUCUCCACAAGAAUACGUUGGGAAAACAAAGGAUAACUAUUCAAGUUCAAUGUUGGAGGCUGUUGAAAAGAUGGUUGCGGACAAAAUUCGGAGCGAGGACAAUAUGCCCAUCAUCUGGGAACCUUCUCUUGUUCAUGAAGUGACUCAUCUUGACGUGUCUGAUGUUUCCUGUGGGCUUGAUCAUUCCCUGAUUCUCGGCUCUAAUGGCACUGUACUGAGUGGUGGAGACAACACUUAUGGACAACUUGGUAGGAAGUCAGGCUGGGCCAAAUUGCUUCCCGUCGACAUAAGCUACAUCCCAUUCUCUGUGUCAGCGAGUGCUGGCCACUCACUUGCUCUGUGCCAUAUAUCAACCAAAGGCACUGACAAUGUUAAAACUGGUGUCCUAUCAUGGGGAUGGAACUGCAGCUCCCAGCUUGGACGACCUGGUCAAGAGGAUGCCCCAGCACUAGUCAACUAUCUGGUUGGUGAGAACCCAAUAACAGCUGCAGCUGGCCGUGUUCAUUCCAUUGUUCUCAUGUCGAACGGAGAUGUUUGGGCUUGGGGAUCUGGACGAAAUGGCAGACUAGGUUUGGGCAGUUCAAUGGAUGAGGCAGAGCCUUGUCUCGUCGAUACCUUGGAAGGAGUAGAGGUCUUACAAGUCGCCACAGGCAUGGACCAUAAUCUCAUAUUGGUUAAAGAAUAGGCUGGGCUGCUUCUUUAGGGAAGGAUAUUGAUUGUUGCAGUAGUCACUGGAACAGUUUUGCUAUCAACUGGAUGCGAUCUUCAAACAUAGUUAUGAACUUAUGAUGCUAACUACUACUCACACGCUUUCAGAAUUGUGUCUGUCACCUUUCACUUCCAUGUAAUGUUUCCCAUGUAUUUAUGCUCGUCCAUCAUGGUAAAUAUUUGUGUUGGCAUCAUCUCUGGUGGUGAUACUGGAGUUUGACGGUUUUUUUGGUCUUGAAGGAAAAAUGUUGAGAUAGUUCAUGUGCA